UCCGGAGGGCGGGGCCCCACGCGGAGCGGUGCGGAGCGCAGCGCAGCGGAGCGGAGCCGGGACAGCGCGCGGUGGCGGCAGCAGCGAGGCCCAGGCUCUCCUUUCACAGCCCGUUGCUGAGUUUCCAGGAUGCAGGCCCAGUCUGUGCUCCACAGUGGCUACUUCCACCCUGUGCUGCGCUCCUGGCAGACCUCGGCCACGGCCUUCGAUGCCUCUAACCUCAUCUACCCCAUCUUUGUCACUGACAGCCCCGACGCAGUGGAGCCAAUCGCCAGCCUCCCCGGACAGGCCAGGUAUGGAGUCAACAAGCUGGAGGGGAUGCUCCGCCCCCUAGUGGACGAGGGGCUGAAGUGCGUGUUGAUCUUUGGUGUCCCCACUAAAGUCCCCAAGGAUGAAAGGGGCUCGGCUGCCGACGUUGAGAACACCCCAGCCAUCCAGGCCAUAAAGAAGAUCUGUUCCUCUUUCCCAGAGCUGCUGAUUGCCUGUGAUGUCUGCCUGUGCCCCUAUACCUCUCACGGGCACUGCGGGAUCCUGCGGAAGGAUGGCACCAUCCAGAAUGAGGCCAGCUGCCAGCGGCUGGCAGAGGUGUCACUAGCCUAUGCUAAGGCAGGAUGCCACAUCGUGGCCCCCUCGGACAUGAUGGACGGACGCAUCGCAGCCAUGAAAGAGGCUCUGAUCUCCAAUAACAUGGGCAACAAGGUCUCUGUGAUGAGCUACAGCGCCAAGUUUGCUUCCUGUUUCUAUGGCCCUUUCAGAGACGCUGCGCUGUCCAAACCUGCAUUCGGAGACCGACGAUGUUACCAGCUUCCCCCAGGCGCCCGGGGCCUGGCCCUGCGAGCUGUGGACCGGGAUGUGCGGGAGGGAGCAGACAUGCUGAUGGUGAAGCCGGGGAUGCCCUACCUCGACCUUGUGAGAGAUGUCAAGGCCAAACAUCCAGCCCACCCGCUGGCUGUUUACCACGUGUCGGGGGAGUUUGCCAUGCUGUGGCACGGAGCACAGGCAGGGGCCUUUAGCCUAAAGGCUGCUGUCAUGGAAGUGAUGACCGGGUUCAGGCGAGCAGGAGCUGAUAUCAUCAUUACCUACUAUGUGCCCCAGCUCCUGAAGUGGCUGAAGGAGGAACAGGCGUGAAGUGCCUGAGUGAAGACAACACGCAGAAGGAAACCUGCGAGGACCGGAAAGGACUGAAAUGCAAAAUGAGGAUUUUUAUGGGGCCUUAGAGAUACAAGGCUGAAUCCAGCCCCAGCGUAAGCUGGUCCAGCAUCACUGGCAGCAGGGGUGCUGCACCUGCCUACACUAAAGCUGACUUUAGCCCAAAGAAGGCAAAGGAAAGCAGUUUUUUAAAAGUGUUAUUUUAGAACUGGGCUUAAUGCUGAGACCCUCCCCUGGCAGCAAAAUGCCUUAGGACCAGAACUGAUCUCCCCAGGGACCCACCUUGGAGAGGCACCUUCUUAACAUGAUUGUUUAUUUUAAUGUGUCGCUGUGUGACACCAGAUGGGCAAUUUUUGAGAUUCUUUGAAAAGGAAGUGCCCAUUCCUGACCGCUCCUCUAUCCCAGUGUCCUUCUCAGUGUAGCCUGGGUGUUGGUAACACAGAGAAGGCUGAUGUGGGGCAGUUCACCUGCACAUUGGUCACAGGAGUGCUAGUUCAUUGGGGGUGUCUCAAGUGUUCACUGCAGGUGUUCUCCCUGCAGUACACUAGUGAAAUAAUUCCUUUUCUGCAGCCCACAGCAGAGCUUUGCUCUCACCUGGUUGGGCUUUGUACGCCGAAACACUGUCUGGUUCACAACCAUGGAAGCAGCAAUGAAUGGCCGGAGGCAGUGCUGGUCAGCCAGACCCUCCACUGACACUCUAACACGCUCCUCUUGUGAACACGCUGUUUCAGACUUUUUAAUACGGAGAAAUACCCCAAGAUGCUUCAGAGCCCUUAGGGAGGAGGGGGUUCCCCUCCACACAUGCUCGUGCCUUAAACCUGUUGUCAUUGCGUGGAAUAGGGAAUGUUGACCUCGUUCUGAGCUGUGGCCCUGCUGUCUUGAGGGCAACAGGGCAUGUGGGGCUAGGAAGUGACCUCAAGGGCCUCAGAAGUAUAAUGUUGCUAAUGGGCCAUUGCACGUUCUGUCUAACAUUACUAGGGGUUCUCUUAGCCCUGAGCACCCAGAAGACCAGCUCCUAGCACUCACAUUGGCUCUGUCAACUCGCAGUUCAGCUCUGGCCUUUGAUUCCCUAAAUGCUGUCACCUUAUCCAGAAGUAUUGUCAAAAUAAUCUUUCUCUAAAAACCAAGAGCACUAGAAAUGUUUCCCUAUUUUAAAAAUUCCAAUGAAAAUAAUUGUUUUAACCCACUGCUUGUUCCUGGGCCCUGUUUCAAACUCAGCCCUGCAGCAGGCAGAACCAGGCAGUGAAAGUCGCCCUACUGGCUCUGCUGUCCAGUGCACACUUUAAAAUUACUUUACCCUAACUGUCCAAUGUGGCGUUAGUAACACAGCUGAGUACUUUAAUUUGUACCGUGGUUCUUCAGUUGGUCAUACUAUUAUGAAGUCUAGAUGUUUUAAAUUAAUUGCUAGAGCUACUCUGCUUUGUUAGUCUCUAGCAGCAGUGUCUGAUAUUCAAUGCCUGGAGUGAGUUCAGCUGAAAAUUAAAAAAACGAAGUCUACAACCAGGGCAACUGAUGUUGUUGAUAAGGAACAAGGUGGAGGGAACUCCACUGCAACUUCUUGAAGUGGCUAGCACUCUCCUCUGGGUAACAGAGGGAUUUAGUUUUAAUCUGCAUUGCCAUAAUUUUUGGGAUGGGGAAGAGCUGAAAAUGUCCUGACUCUUCUGUAGAAGAAGCUGUACUAGUAUGCGCAGAUCUGUGAUCUUCCCUGGAGGUACAGUCACACCAACGGGCAUUCCCUGUUCCUCUGACUCAUGGAGCAGGUCUGUCAGCCUCUCAUCCUGUUAUCUUGACAGGUUGUAUCCUUUCCAAGAAAAGGACAAGCCCGUCCUCAGCUGAGUUUACAGACUACCAAGAAACAGGGUGUUGCUGACAGAUUGGGUGUAGUUUACCUUACAAGCCUCUCUUCCCCUUGAUGGUUUGCACAACUGAGCAACUAGAGGAAGACAAGGCCAACCCUCUCUGUAAUGAUAGGAAGGGGGGAAACUGGGGAAAGCAGAGCAGCGAUGCCCUCUGGAGGGGAAGGGAACUUGUUCAAGGAUAGAAAGUAGAGUCCUGGGAAAGAAGCUGCCAUUCCUGUUUCAGAGUUGAGCGCUCCAGUGUUGCAAGGGUGAAUUCACUGGUGUGGGUGAGAUGCUCAGUUGCUAUGGGGGAGCCCUACAGAUUGGUCACUUAGGGGAUUACACUUUCUAAGGGAUUAUGGUAGUCUGCUACUUUCACUGCUGCAGGCCAACCUGCCCAGUGCCCCACAGCUUGUCUGGGUGUGUGAGGGGGAGAGAGCUCUACCUUAUGGCUUGGGGGGUGGGGAGACUGUAUGCUGGGGUUUGUGGGAUUAAUUCAUAUUUAGACCUGAUAGAAUCCUGUGAAUUUUAGGGGUCUGUUCUGAUCAUGUUUAGCAGAAGGGGUGGGGGGCGUAUACAACGCCAUGGAAUCACCAUGUCUGAGAAAAAUAAAUGCCACUAAAAAGCUGGAAGAGAUGGGUUUGAAAUACUGCUACAGCUGUAGUGGCUGGAGGAGAGCUAACUUGGCAAUGGGAGACUAAUCCAUUGGUAUGAGAGCCGAUAACACAAAGUUACAGGUACUUUUGUGUAACAAAGGGAGGUUAAAGGUUAACGCUGUAGUGCUGGAGGUGACCGAUGAGACUGUCUGGACCGGCAGCCCUCUCAACAGCUCACUGCUUGCUGAGUGUUUUGCCUUAAUAUAUCAUACACAUUGUAAGGAGCGUGGUCACUUUAGAUAAGCUAUUACCAGCAGGAGAGUGGGGUGGGGGGAGAGAAAACCUUUUGUAGUUGAUAAACACCCAUUUUUUCAUGGUCUGUGUGUAUAAAAAGUUCUUCUGUAUUUUCCACAGUAUGCAUCCGAUGAAGUGAGCUGUAGCUCACGAAAGCUUAUGCUCAGAUAAAUUGGUUAGUCUUUAAGGUG